UCCUCAUCGUCGACCAGCUUAAAACCCCAAUUCAAUUCAAUUCAAUUCAAUUCAACAACCUGCGUUGAAGCUUGUUCAACAAUGUCACACUCUAUGCAUUUAAUCUCCAAAACCGUUCCUGGAUAUGGGCCAUCUGAUGGCAGUCGUCUUCCCUGCUCUGGAAUUUCUGGAAAAGCACUGUGCUUAUCACCUAGUGAACACAAGCUCGUUUCUGAUAUCAAGUUUUUACCUUUGAAAUGUGUUUCUAGGUACACAUCAUCUGUGUGUAAUGCAAGUUCUAGCAACUAUAGGAGAAACCCGGAUUUCCCUAAUAACCAAAAAAGGCAUGGAUACUCCCGUAAUCGGAAUAGGCACAAUGAAACGAGAGAAGAAUAUGAAGACCACGAAGAAUCUGAAACUCUCUCCUCCAAAAAUGGACUCCCUCUUUCUGUCUCCAACCAUAAAUAUCAGGCAACUGCGACUACUGGUCCUAGAGAAAAGGAAAUUGUUGAAUUAUUCCGUAAGGUGCAGGCUCAACUACGUGAAAGAGCAGCAAUGAAGGAAGGAAAGAAAAUUGAGGAGUCUCAAGCAAAAAGCAAAGAGAGUGAGACUGUUGAUUCUCUACUCAAGCUUUUGAGGAAACACUCAGUUCAACAAGGGAAGAAGAGCAACACCACCGCUAAUGGCAGGGACUUCAUCCUGGAUCAGGACGAACAGACCAGUCAGUUGAGAGUGGAAAGAAGCACAAGCAUCUCAGACUCAAACUCCACUAGUAGUGUGAAGCAUGAGGCGCAAGAUACCCCAGUCCCACGGCUCAGCCGACCAAAGUCAAACUUCCGUAAAAGAUCUCCAGUCCCUGAAAUCAAAUUUCAACCUGCUUAUACCGAGGACUCUGCUAGUUCUGCCUCAGAGGACAAUGUGGACAGUGAAAGAAAGUGGAGUCAUGUGGAACCAGAAGAUCAUGACGAUAUCCAGGAUGUAGAAUACGAUUCAGAAUCUGACGAGCCUCUCACUUCAGAACUGGAUGCUUUUGAUGAAAUAUCCGGCAUUGUUGAAACGGAGCAUGAUGAUGUAGCAAAAGAAGAUGAUGUGGAUGAAGCCAGCAAUUUGCACGGAAUGAAGCUGACUGAACUGAGAGCCCUUGCGAAGUCACGCGGCAUGAAAGGAUUCUCCAAGUUGAAAAAGAGUGAACUGAUUGAGCUGCUGAGUGGUGGAUCAGUGUAAUUAUUGAUCAUGUAAGUAUACGAUGAAGAUUUUCUUUUGCUCUUUCUGUUACUGUUAGGAUUUUUCUGAGUUAUUAGUUGUUUUAAUACUUCUCAAAAUGAA